AUGGCAGAUACUAUGAACUUCAUUACCCUCACCACCAAGCCCUCGGCGCAGCUAAGCUACAGCUUCCAGUCCUCCACAGAUGCCACCAAGCCCGUACUCGUCGUCUUCCUUAACGGCCUAGGACUUCCUCAGGCCUUCUGGCACCCCGUCAUUGCUCAACUUAAAACAAUUCGCGAGGGUAGCAGCAUUCCCAGCUUCUUGACCUACGAUCGUUUCGGUCAAGGUCAAACCACCGAUCGCGACCCCCAGGACGCCGACGCAGAGGAUGCCACGCAUGCCCACGACUGCCUAGCUACCGUGCAGGACCUCCGCCAACUGAUCACUCAAAUAACAAGUGAGAAGCUAGCAAUUUCCGAUGUUGACUCCGUCUCCGUGGUUCUAGUCGCCAACUCCAUCGGUUGCGCACUGGCCCGUCUCUACGCCCAGGAAUUCCCAGGUACAGUGGCUGCUCUAUUGCUGCUUGACAGUAUCUUGGCAAAUUCGGACUUUAUCUCCAUCUUUCCCGACCCCGAUGCUGCAGAUUUCGACCCCACCAGUAUCCACCCUAUCCCUGCAGAAGCUAUCCGAGCGGUGCGGGCCGGUGUCCGUCGCAUAUUCCAUCCUGAUGUUGGUAACAAGGAGGGGCUAAGUCGCCGCAAUUUGCGUCAGCUUUUGCCAGCUGGUGACGGACCUUUGCUUCGGGGCCCCGAUGGCCAUGGCCCAUACGUGACGGUGGUGGGUCAUGACUUUGAUACAUUUGCUGAGGAGUCGUUGAAGAUGGGUCCGCCUAAGCCGGUGACAAAUCGUUUUGUCAACCCUUACUGGCAUCGCUAUAACGAGGAAUUGGUGAAGAUUACGGAGUCGGAGUAUGCCAAGGGUCCCCUUAUUGCGCCGAAUGCGGGCCAUUUUGUGCAGAAGGAUAACCCGGAGUUUGUGGCGCAAGAGCUUAACGAGCUCCUCGAGAAGAUUCUUUGA